UGAUCUCCAUUUUGAAUUUUGACCAGAGAUUAUUAAUAAUUUUGACUAAUUAAUUCAGGCGGUAUUUUUUUGGUUGUACUGGUUAGAUAAAAAACUAUACUAGAUACUCUUGGUGAUUACCAUUCAUUUUAGCGAUUUCUGUGAGAGCAGUGAGACUAGUUCGUGUUAUAUUUGUAGAGGCGUAUUAAAAGAUCAUCGUAGUUCAGUUCAUAUAAGUUGUUCUCGGAAAAAUGUCUCAAGAUAACCAAAGAAAGAGAAAACACUCUGAUUCGCUCUCAUAUUCGUCUAUAUUCAGUAACUUAAUGGGCACCAUAUCCACGUUUAUUCCGCGGCCAAUAUUCAAUUGGUUUCGAAAAACUGGAGAAACGGGAACUGAUUGUUUGAGCCAUGACUCCGAUCACAGCUCUGAGGAAAUAGCUCCACCCCCCAAAAAAAAGAAAUGCUAUACAAUUGGCAGAUAUAAACCUCUCCACCGAUAUUAUGAAGAUGGUGCAACAAAUGACAAUAUUGAAGAAGACUCUCAACAUGGAUAUGAUUCUAAUGAAUACAGUAGCGACUCUCAAGAAAUGCAAAAUCCAAGGAAGAUAAAAAAAUUGGAUCAUGAUGAUACUGUUGUCAGCUCAAUAAGAUCUUCAAAACCAAAUGUGAAUUCUACUAACUAUUCAAGAACACAACCAUCUUUGUCAUCAUCAACAGACACUUACCAGCCACUUUACCGGCCAAUUUACCAGCCAGUUUAUAGGCCACGUUACAACCGAGUCUCAAGCAUCACAGCAUCUGUACCAUCUGAUUACAAAACAAGAGAGUUGCUCUUGCCAACUCAAGCAAACAUUAUGCUUGUCAAGAAUAAGUCGAAACGAACUCUUAAAAGUAUUUCUACAAGAACUACUGAAUAUGAGAACCCACCAACUAUUACUAAAGUGUCGAGUGAAUUACCUGAGCCUAGUAAAGUGCAGGAGCCUAGAGAAGUGCCGGAGCCUAGAGAAAUGCCGAAACCUAGAGAAAUGCCGAAACCUAGAGAAAUGCCGAAACCUAAAGAAGUGCCAGAGCCUAAAAAAGUGCAGGAGCCUAAAGUGGUGCCGAAGCCUAGAGAAGUGCCAGAGCCUAAAAAAAUGCCUAAGGCUAUAGAGGUGACAGAUCCAAAAGAAGUGCCAGAACCUAAUGAUGUACCGGAGCCUAAAAAAGUGCCAGAGCUUAUAAAAAUGCCGAAGGCUAGAGAAGUGACAGAGCCAAAAGAGGUGCCAGAACCUAAUGAGGUGCCGGAGCCUAAAGAAGUGCCUGGGAUUAGAGAAGUACCGACACUGAGUGUUGGAUCCUCAAAAAUUUCCAACAAAAAUCAGGUCAAAACAAUCACUGAAGCAACUAAAAAUCCAACAGGAUCACCCUCUAAUGUGAAAGAGGUCCCAAAACAAAACAAACCAGAUGAUACAUUUAACAAAUUGAUUUUAGCCAGCCGUGACAAGUGGGAAUGCACAGUUUGUCUUGUGCGAAAUGAUCGAAAUCUAACAAAAUGUGGAUGCUGCGGUGGACCGGGACCAGCCAAGGCCGGCUCCGGUCUGCUGUCUUCAAGUUCAACUCCAACCCCCAAAUUCAAUUUUGGUUUAAAAAAUACUGCCCAGUUUCAAAUGCAGACCACAAAUAAUUCUCCAUUUAUAAUAACGAGCACACCGCAGCAGAAAUCAAGUUCAGAAAAAUUCUGUAUCCCCCAGCAAACAACUAAGAACGACAGUUUCUUACCAAUGUCCACGCCAUCAAUAUUCGGGGUGUCGAAUCUGAGUGCAGUUUACCAAACGUCGCCACCUAAGUUAAAUUUUCUUACUCCCAGUUCUGCCAACCCUGCCCCAAAUCCAGCCCCUACUGCUGCCCCCACCCCCGACCCAAAUCCCACCCCUACUCCUGACUCUAAUCUCGCCGCAACGUCUAACUCUAAUCUCCCCGCAACUUCCAACUUUAAUCUCGCCGCAACUUCUAACUCUAAUCUCCCCGCAACUUCCAACUUUAAUCUCGCCGCAACUUCUAACUCUAAUCUCCCCGCAACUUCCAACUUUAAUCUCGUCGCAACUACUAACUCUAAUCUCGCUCCUACUCCGGUCUCUAAUCUCGCCCCGAUUCUCGCCCCCACUCAUGUACCUAAUUUCUCCUUUACUCCCGCCUCCACUCAGGUACCUAAUCUCGGUUUCACUCCUGCCGCCACAGCCGCCCCCAUCCCAGUGCCCUCAUUAAUAACAAGUCCUAGUCCUGCUAGCAAUGCUAUGUCUGGCAUUACAGGAAAUUCAUUUCAAGAAAACUCUAAGUUCAUUUUCGGCACUCCUAAUGUAAAUAUUAAUUCCGGGACUAAUAUAGGUUCAAGUAACAAUCAAAUGACGAACCCAUUUGGAAUGCAAAUGGCGACAGAAAACCAAUUGUCCGGGCGCGUUGGUGUAUUCGGGAUUGGGAACGCGCCAGCAAACAAAACUGACUCCGCUCCAUUAUUUUCAUCGGUGGGAUCGCAUGUUAACGUUUUUGGUUCGAGCACCACUCAAGUUAACACCUUAUCUGAGCAUGUAGAACCGAGACAGCAAACGGGAUUCGUGUUUGGUAUGACGCCAAAAGCAACAUCAACGUUUGAGCAGCCCGCUCAGAGACCACCUGCCACCGGACCCGUCUUCAGCUUCGGCCAGCCUCAGCCAAUGCAGACACAGCCGCAGCCUAUGCGUGCAGAACCACUGGGUGUUCAACCAAUGAGUGCACAGCCUAUGGCUUCACAGCACACAGGGCUGCAGCCGAUGCAGUCUGGAGUGUAUAACUUUGCUGGCAACCAAACUAUGCCAAUGCCACAGUUUAAUAUGGGCGCAUCCCCCGUAACUCAGACAACUACUAGAAAAGUUAGAAGAGCGGUACGCAGAACUAACAUGCGUUAAGGUAAAAGUGUUAUGUUAAUGUUCAUAAAUGGCAGCAUGUUUCUUGACUAAAUUAACUGAAAUGACAACAAAAAUUGUAAAUCACAAAAUGAUUGGUGCCAUUUAUAAUGUUUUUGUAAUAUUUAAUGAUAAUUACUUUAAUCUUAUAUGAAAACGGCUAAAAACUCACAUAUAUUCGUCCGAUGAUUAUAAUGUCAGACGAAACUUUGAAUACUUUAAUAAUGACUUUAAAGUUAAUUUUGUAAUGGCAACAAAUUCAUUAAAAAAAAAUGGUUGCCGCAUUCAUAUCUCUGGCCGAUAAGGGAAAGGCUGUUAUCAGGGGUACUCUGUUCAGAAAAACGUAUGCAGAACAAACCAUUUAUUUUUUUCCAUCAAGGUAUCUGGUACUGUGUUACACAUCUUUCCUGGAUAGCUCUAUGUAAAUUUCAUAAUUAAAAUUAGACUUUUUUUCAUAUUUAAAAGUAAUUAGGUAACUGACGUGUUUUGUUGUGUAGUGUAGAUGAGUAAUAAAUAAAUGUUUUUGUUACUUGGCCUGAGUCUUGUUAUAAAUAAUAAGUGUAAACAACAUAUUUUAUUAGAUUUUAGUGCUUCAAUACUUCCUUUGUAUUCAUUGUGUUUAAGUUAAUAAUCAUUGAAUCAGAAUCAUUGUAAAAGUAAAAAUUUUCUAAUAGUGUUAAUUUGAGUAUGAAAUAAGUACAGUGAUGAUAAAUACUUCAUUAUAAUUUAUAUGGUAAUUUCA